AUGGACGUCCCCACCCUCAACGUCGCCGCGCCCGUAUUCACCCCGGGCGCAGGCGCACGUUCCAAUGCUCCUCCAGUCGCAAGGGAGCCCUCGCCGAUGCGCCCAUCCUCCUCGGCUUCGGGUCAAGACACUCCCGUUCACGACCAGCGCCCAUCAUUGCAUUCUACCAUGCUUUCACAGAUUCAGAACCAGAUGACUCCUGGCGGCGGUGUUCCAGGCGGCAUGGUCCACAUGAACGCCGCCUCUCGACCCUUUGUUCCCGGCGGCGCCGCGCCUCUCUACAAGCAAGAAGUUCCCAUCACUCCACUUCAUUCGGCGCCGACUCCGACCAAUGGCUUCAGCCGCUCGCCGCUCGCCGGCCACGCCCUCGCUCACGGCUUGAAUCCAGGCAGUGUCCAGCUCACUGGACUGCCUGCCUUCCUCGCAACGCCGCCAAUCAUGACGAACCCCCCUUACAACUCGGCAUACCCAGCUGGCCCACCCUCGCCCAUCUCGCCUGGCGCCUCCGUUCCUCCGAGUCCAUUCGCCAUAUCUCACCCGCAGAACGCGCUCGGUGUUCAACGCCAAGGACCUCUUAUGGGCGCAAACAUGAACGCCAGGAGAGGCAGAGGGCCGCAACCCGUCACUCCCCUCAAGUCGUCCGGACACAAUUCAACGCCUUCCAUAUCCAUGAACCCCGCCGCCUUUGCAGCCAACCUUGCCGCGCUCAAGGCCAAGAAGAAGGUCGUCGUUUCCAUUCCCAACGAGAAACCUUUGCCAGACGAUUCGGCGCUCAUCUCGCAGCACGACAGCGAGUCGCUCAACAGCUCGCCAGAGUUCAGCGGAGACGACAAGGAACCGAGCUCAAGUACCCAAGACGUCAAGCUGCGUCACGCUCUAGCGGCCGCUCAGACUCGUAACAAAUGGAUCUUGCGUCAGCCAUGGUCUCGCGAUCUUCACGACCAAGUGCCUUGCCUCGACGUCCCGCUAGACGCAGUCAUCACCUGCGCAGUGCAUCCCGAGCCUUGGCCACACUCCUUGGGCUUGCCGGACACCAUCGAGAUCUACCUUCCUGGUCAGAGCGCCUGGGACGAGUACCAAGAGCAGCGUUACGAGGAGCAGCAACUCGAGGCCGAGGCGGCUGCCUUGGAGCAGCAGCAGCUGCAGCCAAACGUCCUGCCUUUGCUACAACCCAAGCCGCUCCUGCCGUCGGAACUCGCCAUCUUCGCUCCGGACCACAAGAUCCGCAGCUUUUCCAUCUCAACUCCCGCCGAUCCCAACAUGGUCUCCUUCAAGCUCAACCGCUUCCUCCAAUCGCAGCAUGCCGACUCCGCCGCUGCAAACGACGCAAGCGGCGCUGAACCUCUCCAGAACGAGCCAGGGCCAUUUGCCCGCCUCAAUCCCGAUCUGCCUAGUCGACUGCGCGAGGCUUUUGCCCGUCGUCGCGGAGAAAGUACAGACAUCAGCCUCCGCCCGCCCACGUCCAAGCAUGGCCACACAAUGUCGCUCGGCUUGCCGAGCUCGGGUGGUCCAUUUGGCCCCGAGGUCUUCAGCGCUCUCGACUUGAUUCGCGCCAAUUCGGACCAAGGACCUUCCCAGCCUCCGUCCGACACCCACGAUGCUGAGAUGCCUUUGUCCGACUCGGAAGCCAUGGCUCCGAGGGCUCAACCUUUCCUCUCUGAAAUCGCCGAGGAUGACGCAGAGGAAGAGUAUGCCAUCGCUGGAACCGCACGAGCAUCGUCAAAGCCCUCAGGCAGCGGAAACUGGAAGGAUCUCGGCAGAGGUUUCGGAUACGAAGUCGAGCCUAAUGCUCACGCUUCCACCAGCGACCGAAAGGCUCGAUCUCAUGCGCGCCAAGCAUCCAGAAUCUCGGUCAGCACCUCGCGUCGAGGCGGCCAAGACAGCGACGAGCUUCUCUCGGACGGCGAACACUUCGAGAUCCGCACCAACCCAAGCGAAGAUGCCGACGCCUCGGACUUUGAGGAGGAUGCGGGCGAGUAUGGGGAGGAACACUGGCACGCUCGUCGCGCCAGCGCACAUCUCUCUGCCUUUGGCGACGCUCACGACCGCCACGGCUUCGAUAGUGUCUCGGGAGGCAGCGACGACGACAGCCUGCGCGACUCUCUCACCCCGUCGGACGAGCAGUUCAGCAAUCCUUCGGAUGAAGAGGCGGCUCGCGAGGAGAGGAUGCUGCGCCGACAGCAUCGCGCAGCAGAGCGAGCGGCUCGCCAGGAGCGCAAGGCCCGCCUUCGAGCACGCGCCAACACUGACAACACACUUCCAAGCAGCAGCAUUGGCGAGGCCGACCUGUACGAGAACGGUCGCUACGACUCGGAUGGCGACCAAGCCGAUGCACAGCGUCACGACAGGGCGCGGCGCCGUGACCUCGAUGACAUUGUCAGCAAUCCGUCCGACGAGGUGCACUCCGACUUUGAUGGUACCGAGACGUUUGGACACACCCACCGCCAUGGUCGCAAUGACGACGGCCCUCGUCUCAGUCAGGACUUCCGGUUCCCACCGCCCAAGCCGACGGGGUCGAACGCAUCGCAGCCUCGUUCCAGCAAUGGUCCCACAAUGUCAGGAACCCUCGGUCGCGCUGCGGGCUCGUCCAUGCUCAAUCCAGGCGCCAAAGAGUUCACGUUCGGCGGCGUUGCCACUGCGAGCGCUGGAACAAGGGCGGUCUCGGCGCCAUUGUCCAACGGCCAGGAUGCCGGCGCACACUUCCGCCUGCCCAGCAUCAAGACGUCGAGCUUUGGGUCGAGCGCGCUCGGCGAGGCGGCUGCAAAUGCUCCCCAUCUCAAUGUUGGUGCGCCUUCGUUCAAGCCCGGAGCAUUCACGUUCAAAGCUCCCGACGGUGUCCGCCUCGAGCUGCCAAAUACCACGCAUGCUGCAGCGACGGCGGAUGGCGCGGACGCAGAGGACGACCGCAUGGCGCAGAGCGAAAGGCAAGGACGCGAGAAACGCACCCGCUACGGCCCCAUUGACUAUGCCAGCGAGGACGAGCAUGACGCAGCCUACGGUACAAGCCCGCCCCGGCCCAAGGCUUCGGCUGCGAGUAUCGAGGGCCCUCUGCGCAGCUUCAGCACGCUGUCAAGGCAGGGCCCUCCUCCCUUCCUGCCACCCAACUUCCAGCAGCAGCAGCAGCAGCAGCAGCAGCAGCAGCGCGCUGUCUCCCAUGACUCGCGCUUCACUGCUGACGCGCCCUCUUUCGUCCCGACGUGGGCUAAGGGUGCAGCUGCGUUUGGCGGAUCCACCAGCUUCAAACGCCCGACCUUGCCGGACUGGGCGCCAGCCGAGAAGAAGCCGAUGCCGUCGAUUCGUGACCCGAGCAUGUUUACGAUGGAGACAGGCAACAAGGCUAUUCCAAUUCGACGUCCGGCCGAGGAUGAAGCUGAACAGUCCGCAACUCAGAAUCGCUCGCCUCAGAGCGGUAUCGCAGCGCAACGAAAUGCCGCCAUGCAGGCUACGUCUCCGGCUCAGAGCAGCGUGCCCAAGUUCGACGGUCCUCGCGCAGCAGGCGAGGCGAGUGGAAAGUCAUCUAACAACACCCUGUCAGCCCCAGCACCGUGGGAGACAUCGCGCAAAUCCGAGUCGGAAUGGCAAGCGGAGAGAGCACGUCCGAUCCACAUUCCUACUGGACCGCACAGCUUCCAGUCUUCUGUGGCUGGUUCACUGGUGUCUAACGCCGAAGCACGUCUUGGAAUGCGUUGGGCACCCCACCACACACCUUCUCUGUCUCGCGACAGCAUGAGCGUGUCUUCUGCAGGACGACGCCAGAGACGCUCCGACCGCAGUCCGCAGAAACACCGCAACGUCAGGCUCGAUGAUGGCGACGAUGAAGACGAGGAAAGCCUCACCGACUUCGUGGAAGAGAUCGCGGAGCGAGUUGACAAGGCACUCGAAGGCUGGGCCGGCAAGAUUCUGGACGAGGUCACCAUCAUGGGCCAGGUGCGACCCAACCCGCGUCACCUCAGCCCAGCAUCCGUCGAAGUCAGCUUGGACCAGGACAAGAUUGUGCAGGAGCUCUCGAGGCGCGUGGAGGAGGCAUUAGACGCCCACCUCGCCAACACCUUCCAGUCGCAUUCUCGCAAGAUGACCGACGCUUCCGACGAGACGCAGACUACCAUUCGUCCUUCUCGACAGAGGUAUUCUUCGUCUGAUGACAAGGUGGCCUCGGGUCUGGCCGAUGCGUCUGGCGAGUGGGACUUUGACUACGUGCAGGAGGUCCUCGACAUGAAGCUCGGCGAGCUUCGGGACCAGUUCAAGAUGUCCAUUACGCAGGUUAUAGAGAGGAUCGAUGCGCGGUCCGAAAGCAAGGACAGAGGAGUGGCUCAAGAGGCUGACCAUGUCAACGGUCUGACGGGUGCAGACGUUCAAACCAAGCUCGCUGAAAGUGUGGCAGCACGCGUGCUCGAGCCACUGGACUCGCUGCUUCGAUCGCACGUCCAGACGGCGUUGGAAAGCAAGUCUGCAUCGGAAGGCAAGCUCGAGCAGUCUGUCCAGGCCAAAUUGGACGAGAACCUCUUCCUGCUUUCCGAGAAGGGAGCCGCCGAUCGAUCGAGCCUGCAGCAUAUGCUCGAGGCAAGGGUUCAAGAUCUCGAGGGUGCGCUGGGCGAGAUCGUCGGCUCUGUCAAGCUGCACUUUGAGACUGCCUUCCAAGAGCGCCUCCCGGCCAUCGCCGAGGAUGUUGCAGCGAGGGACGUCGCUCUGGCAGACAAACUCACCAACCAGCUCGGCCAGGCGCUUGGCCCCGUCUUGUCGGAGAACCGCCGAUGCCUCUUGGAAGACAAUCAGCGCAGCCGAGACGUGGUGCUCGAGUCGAUCCCCUCGGCCUCGCAGACGGCGCAGGCGACGUUGCAGCUGCUAGAGCCGCUGGUGCAGAGCCUCAAGAGCGACCCGAUCGACUCGGAUGCGCUGGUCACGAGGAUCGCAGAGGUGAUCGGCAAGCAGUCGAUCGAGCACAUGGUGGAUCUCAAUCCUGUGCUCGCGCUGCUCGAACCGCUCAUCACGAAGCAGGACGAUGCGCGUGCAUUCAGCAAGAAGAUUCUGCAGCGGCAGGAGGAGACCGACCAGACGCUUUCGGAGCUACCGGCCGCCAUCAAUGCCAAGACCGAGAUCUUCCUGUCGAGCGCAAGCGCCACGAGCGAGACGCAGGCACAGAUUCUGCAAGAGAUCGGCGCGAUCAAAGCCGAGAUCGAGCGCAAGGCUUCCGAGUCGACCGGUGCGGUGCCAACGAGCAUGGUGGUGCUGCAGGAGAAGCUCGAGGAGCUCACGCGAGACCGGGAGCUGCACCGCGAAACUGCAGGCAAGACGCUCGCCGAGCUCGCGUCGGUGUACCAUGUGCUCAACAGCUCGUACGAGGCUCUGUCGCGGCUCGAGGCGCAGCACGCAACGACGGAAGAGACGCACCGCGAGCUUCUAGCGCGAUUCGAGAAGCAGGCGCAGGAGCAGUGCGAGCUGGGUCGGGAAGUGCGCGAGGCCGAGGCACGCGCUGCUCGUGCCGAGGCAAGCAAGGCGGAGCUGGCGUCUCGCUCGUCGGCUGCGGAUGAGGAGGCUGUGGCGUUGCGCGAGCACGUUUCGCGGCUGACCGCCGAGCUCGCCGCGGUCAAGGCAGAAAAGGCUCAAGACAAGGAGGGCUGGACGAAGGCGCUAGCUGCAGAGACUGCGCGAGCUGAGCGUGCCGAGGCGACAAGUGCCGAGAUGCAAGGCCGUCUGGGCCAGGUCGCCGAGCAAGCGGGUGCGGCGGAGCGCGAGGCGUACGAGUCGGCCAAGGCAGUGCUGGAGCGCGCUUCCAAGGCGGAGGGUCAGAUUGUGGCGCUGGAGAAGCGGCUGGCGGAGCAAGACACCAAGAUCGCCAACCUGCAGCAGGUAUGUGCGACGCAGAAGCAAAAGGCGGCGCAGAGCCACCAGAAGCUGGCCGAGGGCGAGAAGCGCGUCAAGGAGCUCGAGACCAAAGCAGACGCGCUGGCCGAGGCGACGGCUCGCCUGAGCGUGCUCGAAGGCGCGGCCGCGGAGCUUGGGGAGGUCAAGCAGCAGCUGCACGAGACCGAGCAGAGGGAAGCGCACGUUCGGGCUGAGCUCGAGUCGUACAAUGCUCGCUUCGGCGAGCUGGAGCGGGAGCUGGUGGAGAUCAAGGCCAACUAUGUCGAGGCGGCGACGCACGGGUCGACGCAGUCGGAGCUCGCGGCAAGCCAGGCGCUGGUCGAGACGCUGCGCGCGCAUGUGGCGGCGCUCGAGGCGGCGGCGGCAGCGUCACUGGCCGGCAUCGACGGGUGGGAGGCGGUCGAGACGCCGCGCACGGGCGCGUGGGCGUCGAUGCAUGCGCCGCGCGCCCCCGCCCGGGUGUCGCGCAAGAACCUCGGCGUGCUCAGUGCGGCAACGAGCGCCGACACGUCGGCCAAGUGGGUCGAGGCGCCCGCGCGCUCGUACUCGUUUGCCUCGACCGCAGGCAGCCGCAAGCAAGUCGAGGUGGACGAGGGCGGAUGGUGGUCCUGA